AUGUCAGGUUACAAUUACGGUCCGCCGCCGCCGCCCCCUCCAGCAGCACAGGCUAGCCAUGCUGGAUACGGCCAUCACAACACCCCUUAUCAACAACAUCCUAGGGGCGGCGCUACCCAUGCCUCUCGGGGCGGGCGUGGCGGUUACCCGUCGAACGGCCGUCCCGAAUACCCCCCUGCCCCUCAACCCCAGUACGAGUAUGGACGGCAGCAACAGCAGCAGUAUCUUCAGCACAGUCCUGGCUAUCCCGCCCAGCCGCUUGCUGCCAGCAACUACCCUCACCAGCAGCAGUGGCACCAAGAUCAUGCACAUGGUACGCCUCAGCACAAUGCUCCUCAGCAUGGCGCUCAUGCUCCUGCGCCGCUGUCGACUACCAACUAUCAUCCGAACUAUGCCCCUCAGAUCUAUGCGCACCCGCAGCAGCCUCAGCCGCCGCCCCAUCAGCCAGGUUAUGGGCCUCAGCAGCCACAGCAGCAGCCCUACAGCCAGCCUUAUGCCCCGCCCGCACCAUACAGCGCUCCCCAACCAUGGGCAGGUCAUGACCCUCACGCUCCAAGCCAGUAUGGUGCGGGCCGUGGCCGAGGCGGCUAUGGAAACGACCGAGGCGGUUCUCGAGGAGCUCAUAAUAUGAGCACACCUGCGCCAGUAGCUUACGGUAGUGAUGGAGGACACCAUCAAGCGAAUGGUGCAUACGGCCAGCCGUAUGUCGAUCCUCGCGCUCCACCAGUGCCAUAUCAGCCCCCGGCACAAUAUCCUUACCACGCGCCCCCUCCUGCACCUCACGCGUCGGUCCCUCCCCGUGAACCGUUUUACAAACAUGAUGGACAAGCAGGUCGCGGUCGUGGUGGUCAUCGUGGUGGCAACCCUCGAGGUCGGGGCUCAUUUAACACCAACGACAGAGGUCGUCAUCGUUCACAGGGGAGUCACAAUCAUCGCCAAGAUGGCGGAGGUUCCCAUCAUAAGCAUGACAAUGCGGCAUCAGGCAAGAAGAAGAAGCGCAAGACCAACACCCUUGGUCUGACUCCAGGUCAAGACUCGGAGUCGGAAGACGACGAGAUGGAGGAGGAGACCCUUCGCAAACUCAUCGGAGCAGAUGCCUUACAGGUGAACGAUAUUGAUGCUUACAUUGCUGAGCGGAAGAAGCGCUUCCCUACUGCCGCGCGAGUCAAGGCCAAGAAGUCUGCCGAGACCACGCAGGGCAAUGGCAAUAAGAUUUCAUCUGAUUUGGAGAAAGAGGAGAAUCUUGCCAGUAAGCUGCGAAGGCAGCUGGAGAAGGUUGAGUCGUCUAUCAAGCGCAAGCGUGAGCAGCAAGACGAGGGCGAUGAAAUGAGAGACAGCCCUUCCAUUGAUAUCAAGUCUGAAGAUGACGAGCCGGAAGUGGCGUCAAGUCGUGUUCAGCCACCUCCCCCUCCACCCCCUCCGGCGAAGAAGGCAGACAUUUCAAAGCAUUGCAAGUACUACUCUACGGGAGGUACUUGCGGCAAGAAGGGCAAGUGCCGCUUCGUCCACGAUCCUGCUGUCAGAGAGGCAGCAAUGAAAGACAGAGAAGCGAACAACGGCCAUCUCACUAUCCAGCAGCGUUUGAUUCUCAACGACAAGGACCAGGAAGAUCUCACUGUUCUGCAAUCGAUUCAAUACUUGAGAGAGAAAGGCCUAAUGAAGCCUGAAGAAAAGCCUGACGGUUCCAAGGGGCAUCAUGCAGGUGGCUCACAUGCCUCCCAGUCUGACUCGCGCCAAAAGUCCAGCAAUCUCCCUGCCGCGCCUGCUUCGCUUCCAGCACCGCCACUGAAGCAUCAUAAUGGGCUUCCUCCACACAAGCCACCUCCCUCUGCAUUGUCAACAGGCAGUGGCGGAUCUACUGUUAGAUACAAAGGCUGGAAUCUGAGCGGAUAUGGGAACUCGGGUCUCAAGUCGGAAGAUCUCCCAUAG